AUGACUAGUAACCUCGUCUGGUUGCUGAUGCUGGUCCUGAGAGACAUUUUGACUGCUGUUCGAAUACCACCUCAAGGGUAUAGAUAUGCCUCUUAUGAAGUGAUCAUCCCCAGGAGACAGACCCUCAGCUAUGGACAACAAGAUCCUCAAGAACUUACCUACUUGCUGAAGAUUGAGGGGGAAAGCCACAUGGUUCAGCUCAGACAAAAGAAAGACUUGGUCCCUAAACACUUUACUGUAUUCACUUACAAUAAGGAGGGGGAUAUCCUGGUGGACUAUCCUUUCAUCAGGGAUGAUUGUUUCUAUGAUGGUUUAAUACAUGGUAGGCCUCUUGCUUUGGUUGCCCUCAGCACUUGCUCACAGGGCCUAAGAGGUCUGUUGCGAGUAGAAAAUAAGACCUAUGAAAUUAAGCCUAUCCAAACAUCUUCUACCUUUCAACAUGUGGUGUACAGACUGGAAGAAGAGGAAGAGGCUUUCCACCUGAGGUGUGGGCUAACAGUGGAAAAGCAACAUCAUCAAAUGGCCAUGAUCAGAAAUGUAGAAAAUGUAGCUAAAAUUUCUUCUAGAGGAUCCUGGUGGACACACACCAGAUAUGCGAAAGUUGCAGUUGUAGUAGAACAUGAGCGAUAUGUCCAGUUUGGCCGAAAUGAAACUGUUGUUGCUAUGCAACUGUUGGAUAUCAUCCAUAUGGCAAAUUCAUUUUAUGCUCCACUUGGUGUACAUGUGUCCCUGGUUGGGAUGGAAUUAUGGUCGGAAAAAAACCUCAUCCCAAUUGCUGGCAAGUUGGAUACUGUGCUUCAUGAUUUCAAUCUGUGGAGACAAAAUGUUCUUGCACCACGCCUAGAGCAUGAUUCAAGUCAUUUAUUUAUAUAUAAAAAAUUUGGAACUGAUCUUGGAUUAGCAUAUGUUGCAGGUAUGUGUUCACCUGAGCAUGCAUCUGCUGUUGAAUCAUAUGUCACUUCUAUUUUGAUCUCUUUUGCGAUUAUUUUUACCCAUGAGUUGGGGCAUAAUCUUGGCAUGAGGCAUGAUGAAGGGCACUGUAUUUGUGAACUACCAAAUUGUAUUAUGGCUAAACUUCAUACCCUCUCUCAUAAAUUUAGCAGCUGCAGUUAUAAUGAUUAUUACACUGAAAUAAUUCUGGGUAGAAAAGAAUGUAUGAAAAUACGUCCAGAUCCCAAUAAACUGUAUAUGCCCAAAUUCUGUGGAAAUGGAGUACUAGAAGAUGGAGAAGAAUGUGACUGUGGUUCAAAAGUCGAAUGUGAAUCAGAUCCCUGUUGCCAGUCCGAUUGCAAGUUGAGUUCAGGUGUCAUUUGUGCUUUUGGAGAGUGCUGCUCCAAAUGCCAGUAUCUUCCGGUGGGAACUGUUUGCAGGAAAAGUACUAGUAUCUGUGACCUACCAGAGUAUUGCAAUGGGACUUCAGCAUGGUGUCCUGAAGAUGUUUAUAUACAAGAUGGGGCCCCAUGUCAAGAUGGGGCCCACUGUUAUCAUGGGAAUUGCUCUACUCAUGAAGAACAGUGCAAGAUUAUCUUUGGUUCAAAAGCAACAGUUGCUUCAGAGGCCUGCUUCAGAGAACUGAAUACACGAGGUGAUCGUUUUGGUAAUUGUGGCAUUACUAAAGGCUCAGAUUUUAAGGGGUGUAAAGUUCAAGACAUCUUUUGUGGCAGGAUCCAAUGUGAAAACAUUAAUUAUUUACCUUCAAUGGAGGAGCACAAUAGCAUAAUUCAAACUCGCAUUAAUAAUAGGCUAUGCUGGGGGACAGAUUACCAUAAUGGAAUGAGGAUAGCUGAUACUGGAGCCAUUAGAGAUGGAACACCAUGUGGCAAUGGCAUGAUAUGUAUUAAUAGGGAAUGUACCAGUGUUUCCUUCUUGAAGUUCGAUUGUAAUAUAACAAAGUGCCAUAAUCGAGGAACAUGCAACAACCAGAAACAUUGUCAUUGUGAUUAUGGCUCUGCUCCUCCGUACUGUACAAGUAAAGGUUAUGGUGGCAGUAUUGACAGUGGUCCUCCUCCACCCCAUAAGGCUAUCAGUGCAAGAACUAUAGAAGGAAUUGUAAUUUUCCUUUGUGCUGCUGUAUGUUUAGGCCUGUGUUUAUAUUCCAAGUCUAGAUUGAUGCCAUGGUAUAGAAGAUUGAGUGGAAGACUCUAUCCAAUGGCAUGA